GGGAAAGGGUUGCAUUUCUAUCCGGGCCCAGGGCUGGGUGCCUGCUCACCAUGGACACUGAGGAGUACGGCAAAUGGGACGAUAUGUUUGACGGGGUCCACGGAGGGCACUGGGGACGCUGGGGGCGGAGACCCCUCUUCCUGGUCCUGGCUGGUGUGGUGAGCGCGGUCCUGUGGGCCCUCGUUCUGAGUGUCCUAUUUUCCAAGGCCACCACCGAGCGCGGGGCGCUGCUAGACCGCCAGGACCAGCUGAGGACAAACGCCUCGAAGCAGACAGCGGCGCUGGGGGCCUUGAAGGAAGAGGUCCGUGCCUGCAACAGCUGCUGCUUGGGGACGCAGGCGCAGCUGCAGGCCGCGCGCGCCCAGCUUGCGGAGGCGCAGACGAGGCUCAUCGAGCAGCAGGGCGCCCUCAGGGCACUCGGAGACCGCGUGACCCAGGGCUUGGCUGAAGCGGGCAGGGACCGCGAGAACAUCCGCAGUGAGCUGCUCCGGACGCUGGAGGCCGCGCGGCUGGGGAACAGCUCCUGUGAGCAGUGCCCCACGCUGUGGCUGCCCUUCCAGGGCUCCUGCUACCUUUUCUCCAAGACACAGGCCACAUGGGACGCGGCGCAGCAGAGCUGCGCGGGCGCGGGCGCGCACCUCGUGAUUGUAGGGAACCUGGAUGAGCAGGGCUUCCUCAGUCAGCACACGCGUGGCCACGGUUACUGGCUGGGCCUGAGGGCCGUGCGCCGCGGGCGUGGGGUCCAGGGCUACCAGUGGGUGGACGGAGUCACCCUCAGCUUCAGCCACUGGAACCUGGGGGAGCCCAAUGACUCUCAGGGGCAGGAGGACUGCAUCAUGAUGCUACAUACGGGAAUGUGGAACGAUGCGCCGUGCAGAAACGAGAGGGAUAAUUGGAUUUGUGAGAAGAGGCGCCGCUGCUGACCCCGCCCAGUGCCCCGAGCUACUCCCACCGGCACACGUCCUAUAGCCUGAGUGGCUCGCCGUCCUGGCCCCGCCCCGCCCGCCCCUCUAGUACCGAGAACCAACCCGCCCAACCCAGCCUGGUCGCAGCCCCUGCGCCCGGGGACCUCUGCUCCCGCCUCAUCGCAAACCCUUCCCACGCGAGCAUCAAGUAUCGUCCACCGCCUCCAAAAUCCCGGCUCCUGGACACUGAUUUGACCGCACCUCCCUCCCUAGCCAAAGUCAGGCGACUCAAGAAAUGAAGCUGUUUGGUUUUCUUGCAUUUUCCUCCAGAUUGGGAGGCCUCAAAGAUAGGAGUUUUGUGAGCUGUUUUGGCCGCCCUAGGAAGCAUCAAUAAAUGUUUGAGAAAUGA